AUGGCUUCUGCAAAGCAGGAAGCCGGCAAGCCGGAGUCCGCGAUGCUGUUUCCAAACUGCCUCAUCGAUAUUUCCGGAUCGUCGAUCGCUCCAGUACUAGCAAAGUCUCUUGUGGUCAUCGCCAAAUGGGAUACUACACAGCGCAAGUUCUGGGUACCGGAUUCCUCACCUGUCUGCCCAGCAGGAUGGGACUAUACUGCCCAAUUCAGUGGCUAG